AUGGCGCCAAAGGGCGGCUUGGUCGAUGAUCACUCCUCCAAAUCUGAGGACGUCCUGGGUCUCCAGGAUUUGGAUCCAGCUCUGAACCGCAAGAUGCACCUGGUGAACAACGCUAUCGAGGAGCUCGGCUGGACGCGUUACCACACCAAACUCUUUUUCCUGAACGGUUUUAGGCAUGUAUAUGCGGUCGACUCUCUCGUCUUGCUACUACAAUCGGUCGUUGCUGGACCGGCUUUCCGCGAGUUUGGCCGCGUCGGAUACGAGAAAGGGCUGACCGUCUCCGCCUACGUUGGCAUGCUUAUUGGCGCUCUCGUCUGGGGCUUCGGCGCCGACAUCAUUGGCCGCCGCCUAGCCUUCAACGUCACGCUCCUGAUAUGCUCGGCCGCCACGAUAAUUGCUGGUGGGAUGCCAAACUGGGCAUCCUUGGGAUUCUUCGUCGCCUGUAUUGGGUUGGGUGCAGGCGGGAACCUGAUUCUUGACACUACCGUCUUCUUGGAAUACCUCCCCGGAAGUAAGCAGUGGGCGCUGAUCCUCAUGGCUGCCUGGUGGGGUCUCGGUCAAGCAAUCAUGGGGUUUAUCGCCUGGGGCUUCUUGGUUCCGGAGAAGUGGAAUUGCGCCUCGGUCGAGACAUGCACCAAGUAUAGCAAUAUGGGCUGGAGAUACGUCAUGUUCACAAGCGGCGCCAUCGUCCUCGUCAUGUCGAUCCUUCGGGUCACCGUCAUCCGUCUAAAAGAAACACCGAAGUACCUUCUUGGCGUGGGUGAAGAUGCAAAGGUUGUCGAGACGUUGCAAUUCUUGGCGACUAAACACGGCCGCUCGUGCAGUCUGACCCUCGAGAAGCUCGAUGCAUGCGGUGUCGUGACAGGCGCCCACAGCAGAAAAAGGUUCUCACUCGAUGAGACGCUAAUCCACCUCCGUGGUCUGUUCGCCACCCCAAAAAUCUCAACAUCGACCCUUUUGGUCUGGGUCUCGUGGGCCAUGGUAGGCUUGGCAUACCCUUUGUUCUACGUCUUCCUCCCCAGCUACCUCGCGUCGUGUGGUGCGAAUCUCAACGUGUCGUCGUUCGAUUCCUGGCGAAACUAUGCCCUGACCAACAUUAGCUCCAUCUUCGGGCCUAUUCUGGCGGCGUGGAUGUGCGAAACACCCAUUUUGGGACGCAAGUACACCAUGGUCAUUGGAGCACUAGUGACGGCCGCAUUCUUCUUUGCCUAUACAGCGGUGCGGACAGGUUCCCAGGACGUCGGCUUCUCCUGUGCCAUAGGCUUCUGCCUCAACGUCUACUACAGUACGCUGUACGCAUAUACGCCUGAAGUGCUUCCCAGUGCUCAUAGAGCCACUGGCAAUGGUGUGGCGGUGGCAUGCAGUCGCACCAUGGGCAUAAUAUCUUCUGUCAUCGCCACGGCGUCCGAUACGUCAACGACCGCGCCCAUCUUCAUCUGCGGCGCGCUCCUUGUGGCCAUGAGCGUAGUGAGCACCGCGUUCCCUUUUGAGCCCUACGGCCGCCGGAGUUCAUGAUAUGAGAAAGCGUAGACGUUGCCUACGGUCCUAGUAGACUUUCUUUUUCCCCUUCGCCAACUGCAUUCUUUUUUUUCUACAUCCUAAAUAACACCCCAUUUGCAGUCGUCAACUAGCCAAGCAUUGCGUUGGUACGGCAUCUCAGGAUACCACCUUUUUUUCUUACAAACUGGGUUGUUUUAUGUGUGGAAGGGUAAUUACAAACAAAAGUCAUGAGAAGCUUCCUUUUCACUGGCAAUUGUGCAAUAUGUGGGAACAAACACGGACUUUUGUUUGAUAGAAAUAAUUCCUGAACCUACAGAGGCCGCCUUUGUCAUCAUCCUACCUCUUUUCUCUCAACUGCGUUAGCACUUUCUUUAUAAACAGCCAACCGAUUGAUUACAAAG